AUGGCGGAUACUACAUUGAACGACAAGGAGCUCCAACAGGCUUACGACUUUGCCGUUCAGCUGGGCAAGGAUGCCGGUUCCAUGUUGAUGGACGCAGCCCGGGCCCGGUUUGGCACCAGUGCUGCACAGAAGUCGGUCGAGAAGGAAAGUGCGGUGGACAUCGUAACCGAGACAGACCUCAAGGUCGAAGAAUUCAUACGGACAACCAUUGCCAAGAAAUACCCCAGUCACAGCAACGGGGCUGACGCCCCCCGGAGCUUCAUCGGCGAAGAGACAUACUCGGCCGGCGCGUCACGGGAUUACCUCGUGACGUCGUCGCCGACAUGGAUCGUUGACCCGCUCGACGGGACCGUCAACUUCACGCAUCUGUUUCCCAUGUUCUGCGUGUCCAUCGGCCUGGUGGUCAACCACGAGCCCGUCGUCGGUGUCAUCAACGCCCCCUUUGCCAACCAGUUCUUCUCGGCCUGCCGCGGCCGCGGCGCCUGGCUGAACGAGUCCAUCCCCCUGCCGCUGGUAAGGGACUCGCCGCUGCCGCCGCUGGCCCCCAAGGGCUGCAUAUUCUCGUGCGAGUGGGGCAAGGACCGGAGGGACCUGCCAGAGGGGAACCUGCAGAGAAAAGUAGAAACGUUUGUCAACAUGGCGACUGAGCUCGGGGGCCGCGGGGGCAGAGGCGGCAUGGUCCACGGCAUAAGGAGCUUGGGCAGCGCGACGCUCGAUUUGGCCUAUACGGCCAUGGGAUCGUUUGACAUAUGGUGGGAGGGUGGCUGUUGGGAGUGGGACGUCGCGGCAGGAAUAGCCAUCCUCAAAGAAGCAGGCGGCCUGGUGACGACGGGGACCCCUCCUUCGGAUCCAGAAACGGCCGAAAUUCAGGACGCACGGCUCGGCAGCAGACUCUAUUUGGGUAUUCGACCUGCAGGCCCUUCCGAGGGCGAGACGGCUAGACAGGCGCAGGAGAGGGUGUAUCACAACACGCCACAGGCUCCACGCCCAGCAACCGUCAUCCCCGCGCACAUACAACCAUUGCAAAAGAAAGCCUACAUACCAUACCCGACAUUCCUCCUCCACGGCGGCGGCAGCGAUUCGAGCACCAGCCACGAUGACGAUUUGCCAUGGAUCCUGAUAUCGACGUCGGCAUCGGAGGCGCCCCGCCAGUCGUCGUAUCCAAAGUCGAGACAGCACGUACGGGCUCCCGCGCCGGCACAAGCACAGCGACCGCAGGCCACCGGCCCCAUGCGCUACUGCUCGCAGACCUUCCACGAGCACAGGAGGCUUACGAGGAAGCCCAUGUCUGCCGACCUGCAUUCGCUGUACAGCCUGCACAGCGACGACGGCAGCACAAGAAGGGGCGACGACCUCCAACGCGCGGAUAGCCUCAGCGGCGCGAGCAGAACCAGCAGGAGCAGCAGCGCUUGCUCCAGAAGUGAUAGCAACAGCAGCUCUAGGACCGCCAGCAGUUGUUACAGCAACGAGAGCGUCAGCGGCGGCAGCGGCAGCGGGAGCUCCAUCGACUCGCUGCCAUCACAACAGGGGCGGAGGCGGGAGUGGCGCAAUUCACUGCCACUAGAGCAUGAGCAGAGACAGGAAUGGCACGACCCGCUGCACGACAUCAUGGCCGGCACCUGCUCGUCCGAUACGGGAGCCAGCUUCUUUGCCAGGAGGGCGGCGAGCAGUAUAGUCAGCGAGUCACCGCCGCCGCCGCCGCCGCCGCCGCAAAGGAACGUCGCUAGAGGUGAUACGUACAUGCCGACACCAGCCGAGAUGUCGCCGAGGGGAAUCCUGAGGUUCGCGUCGUCGCAAAAGCCCAGCAGGAAAAGAGUGUCGUUCAAGAGAGAUCCAGAACUGGAGGAGCCGAUGGGGUUGCAGGAGCGUAGUUCUUCCGAAUGGGAGGUUCUGGAAGAGCCUUUGUGGGCGAUGUAA